AUGCUGGACAUAUUCGGCUCUAUCCCCACCCAGAUGGGCUACAAGAGUCAAAAACUAGCAGAACAGAUUUUUCGAGGGAUCAUUCUUGUUUCUGCGGUAAUUGGUUUUAUCUAUGGCUACGUCGCUGAACAGUUCGGUUGGGCUGUCUAUAUAGUUAUGGCUGGGUUUGCUUUAUCGUGCCUGCUAACAUUCCCUCCAUGGCCUAUGUACCGCCGUAAUCCUCUGAAAUGGCUACCUGUCCAAGAGUCGGGAACAGAAGAUAAGAAACCAGCAGAGAGAACUGAAAAGGCAUACUCAAAGUUGAAGAAUAUGAAACCUCAUGAUGUAAUAUUGGAGAAUUUGACUUCAUUAAAGGUUUCUAGGAUGAUAAAAAAAAAAACUGGCACCCUGUUGACAGUAUAA